UAUAUUAAUAAUAAUAAUAAAAACACACGUGCGUACUGGGUCUUUGUGUCAUUGUUAUUAUAAAAUUAAUUAUUAUAUUUUUUUUAAUUUAUUUAUACUCAUACUAACUACUAAUACGUGUAUUGAGUAUAUAUAUACAAAAGAAGGUAUGAAAAAAGUUUAAGACAAUGGAAUGGCUAAAAAAAGAUCGUAAUCCACUGGAAUUAUUCUGUGAAGAUGUUGAUAAAAUAUCUACAAAACAAGAAGAAUUAUCUGAUCAUCAUUAUCAUGAUCAACAUCCAAAAAAUAAUUACGGCGGAAACCCUGUACUGAAUUCUGAUAUAAAAGAAUUUGAAGAAAACUUUGGAUUAUUAAAUAUUUUUAAGUCUCCUCCAGAUUAUUCUGAGUCUAAAUCAAUUAUAAAGUCGAGUAUUAAUAAAAAAUUAUUAACGAGAUCAUCAACAUUAAUAAUAGACGAUUUCGAUGAAUGCAAAAAUAGUAAUUGUGAAAAAUCAUUAAAUUCGAGUGAUGAUCCAGAUCCGAAUACAUCAACUCCUGAACGUAAAGACCGACCGGAACGUCACAAAUACAAAAUGUUUCCACCGCCAAAAUUAAUAAUUAACGACUCAAUUGAUGAAGAUACUGAUGUUAUCGAUGCAAUCGAAUGUAGUCCAGUACGAUCUCCGUUUCCAUCAUCUGAUUCUCUGAACGAUUCAACGUUGGGAUUGGAUGAUACUCUGCUAGCAACUUCUUUCGAUAGUUCACCAAAAGAUUCACCAUUCAAUCCACGAGAAACUAAAUUAAUGAAUUUACUCAGACGAUUUGGUCUUAAUCAUUUCGCUUUCAUAUUUAUUGAACAAGAAGUAGAUGUGGAUUUAUUUCUUACACUUACUAAUGAUGAUUUAAAGGAAAUUGGAAUAGAUAGGAAAACUGAUCGUAAUAUGAUAUUAUCUGUUAUUGAAGAAUGUAACAAACGUUAUUGUUAAUUAAUUAUUUAACUAAUUAUUAAAAUUUACAAUGAGAAGGUAUCAGUUUGCCUCGAUCAUUUUUCGUAUAUUAUAAAUACUUACUGCCUAAAUUCUUACAGUUCAGUUGCCUACAAAAAUUUGUUUUCUACGAUUCUAUUGCCUACAUAAAUAUAAAAUAUAUAAUUUAAUUGCAUACAAAAAUUAUUGCACUGUUCCAAUGCCUACUCAAAAAUAUUUCAUGAUGUUCAACUGAUUACUAUUUUAACUGUGUACCCAAAUCAAAGAAAUACCUAAUCAAUGUGGAUAAGCUUCUGAUUUAUGUGCUGAGAAAAUCUUGUACUUGUUGUGGAGAAAUGAUCAACGUUCAUGAUCGAUCACUUGAGAAAAAAAAACACAGCUGAUCUGAAAAAUAUCAGAACUACUGUAGUUUUUACAAUAGCAACUGGAAAAUUCCGAGUUUUCUAUUAGAAAUUAGUGGCCUGGUCAGGUCAUUUUCUACAUCGACUAUGAGAUUCAGCCCAGUAUUUUAUGAUGGACUGGGCGAGUUAUACUAUUGUGAAUAUUACCGUGGUUCUGAUAUUUUACAGAUCAACUGCGUUGUUUUUCUCAAGUGAUCGGUCUUGAACGUUGAUCAUUUUUUAUCAACAAGUAUUUGAUUUUCUUAGCAAAUAAAUCAGAAGCUUAUCUACAUUAAUUAGGUAUUUCUUUAAUUUGGGUACACAGUUAAAUAGUAGUCAAUUAAAUAUCAUGAAAUAUUUUUGAGUAGGCAAUAGAACAGUGCAAUAAUUUUUGUAUGCAAUUAAAUUAGAUAUUUUAUAUUUAUGCAGGCAACAGAACCAUAGAAAACAAAUUUUAGUAAGCAACUGAGCAGUAAAUAUUUAUAAUGUUCGAAAAAGUAAUAUAGGCAUUUGCUACAUUCGACAAAAACAAUGCAGGCAAUUGAUGCCUUCCCAUUUAUAAUUAUUGUUAUUAAAGUCAGAGUAUACAUUUAUUUAUAUUUAAAAUAUACUUCCUAAUUUAAU